GUCAAAAGGGAACCUGUUGGAGACUCCAAUUAAUUCUUUGUUGGAAAGGGCACUCACUGACAACUAAAAGGCAAUAAUAAAUCCACUCAUACUGCCAGUUCCAUAGAACAGAGUUUCUGCAACUAACAGUUAGUGCUUCAUGUUACAAUGUGCUUUAAGGCUAUCGUCUGUACUUCUUGCCGAUGGCUGAAAGAGGGGAGAGAGUCUCGAAAACUGGUUUUGGUGGUGGUGUUUGUGGCACUUCUUCUGGACAACAUGUUACUGACUGUGGUGGUGCCCAUCAUACCAACCUUCCUUUAUGCAACUGAAUUCAAAGGUGCCAACGUGUCAGAAAGUUUUCCCUUUGGCAGCAGUACUCCAGAGAUUCACCAAAAUGCAGACUUUUCCUCCAUCUUUUCCUACUUUGAUAAUACAACUGUGGUGAUUGAAGAAAGCACACACAAAGGAAAAAAAAGGAUAAAUGAUACCUUUGGCACCCUGCCUCCACAAGUCAUUAGACCUAGCGUUGCCCCUAGGAACAAUUGUCUGCAAGGUACCGAGUUCCUGGAGGAGGAGAAUCUACGAGUUGGACUUCUGUUUGCCUCAAAAGCCAUAAUGCAACUUCUGGUCAACCCAUUUGUGGGGCUCCUCACAAACAGGAUUGGCUAUCACAUCCCUAUGUUUGCUGGCUUUGUCAUCAUGUUUCUCUCUACAGUCAUGUUUGCUUUUUCAGGCACCUACACACUACUCUUUUUAGCCCGAACCCUUCAAGGCAUUGGAUCCUCUUUUUCAUCUGUUGCAGGACUUGGAAUGCUGGCCAGCGUAUACACAGAUGAUUAUGAAAGAGGGAGUGCUAUGGGCAUUGCCCUGGGUGGUCUGGCUUUGGGAGUGUUAGUGGGGGCUCCCUUUGGAAGCCUGAUGUAUGAGUUUGUUGGCAAACCUGCUCCCUUCCUUAUUUUGGCUUUGCUGGCCCUGAUGGAUGGAGCUCUACAGCUCUGUAUUCUACAGCCCUCCAAGAUCUGCCCUGAGAGUUCCAAAGGCACCCCAAUCUUAACUCUUCUGAGAGAUCCUUACAUCCUGGUGGCUGCAGGUUCCCUCUGUUUUGCCAACAUGGGAGUGGCCAUACUGGAGCCCACACUGCCCAUAUGGAUGCUACAGACCAUGUGUUCCCCCAAGUGGCAAUUGGGUCUAGCCUUUCUGCCUGCCAGUGUGUCCUAUCUCAUUGGCACCAACCUUUUUGGAGUGUUGGCCAACAAGAUGGGUCGAUGGCUAUGUUCUCUGAUUGGGAUGUUGGUAGUAGGUAUCAGCCUACUCUGUGUUCCUCUUGCUCAGAAUAUUCUCGGUCUCAUUGGUCCCAAUGGGGGACUAGGCUUUGCUAUUGGCAUGGUGGAUUCCUCCAUGAUGCCCAUCAUGGGACACCUGGUGGACCUUCGCCAUACAUCUGUAUAUGGGAGUGUCUAUGCCAUUGCUGAUGUGGCUUUCUGUAUGGGAUUUGCUAUUGGUCCAUCUACUGGGGGUGCCAUCGUCCAUUCGAUUGGUUUUCCCUGGCUUAUGGUCAUCAUUGGAGUCAUCAACAUUGCCUAUGCCCCACUCUGCUACUACCUUCGAAGCCCCCCAGCCAAGGAAGAAAAGAUUGCAAUUUUGAACCAGGAAUGUCCUAUGGAGACUAAGAUCCAUGGAAUCCAGAAGUCCCAAAGGGCAUUUCCCCUAAGUGAGGGCAGUGAAGAGGAAAUGGAGAGCGAGGAGUAGUGGGAGGAAAGGAGACUCCUGCUUUGGGGAUCUGGUGGGCAUUGCUCCAUAUAGAUGUCUCACCCUUCCCCUUUCCUCUGCUACAGACCUAAAUGCCUUCUAAUACUCUGUCCUGGGACUUUUCUUCCCUUCUAUCCCCACCUGGGAAGGAAAAGAACUUAGGCUUGUGGGUUCGAUGAAGACAAAUGCCUUAUUCUGCAGAUACUUUGCUUGGCUCAUUUUUCCUGCCAGGGUUAGGGAGGUGAUUUCUACCUUAUAAUGCAGGCUAUUAAAAAGCUGAUUAGUAUAAGGAGUGUAAUCCUUUGCUAAAGGUUGUUGGAGGAGGGUGCAGGGAAAAUAUUAAUUAUAAGGAGGAACCCAGAAAGCACAGCGUGCCUCUGUUCUAGUUGGGUUACCAACCUAUAGUGUAUGUGACUUUGCUUUUCAUAUAUAGUAAAUUCCAGUUGUAUUCAAGGCAUUGACAUGAUAGUUCCAGAUGCAUUAAAAACAGAUGAACAAACCAACCUUUACCUUCCACCUUAGAAUCAGUACUAUGUAUUGGUUCCAAGGUAGAAAAGUGGUAAGGGCUAGGCAAGGAAGGAGGGUUAAAUGACUUGUCCAAGGUCUCACACCCCUGGGAAGUAUCUGAGACCAGAUUUGAACCUCAGACCUCCUGUCUCUAGGCCUGACUCUCCACCCACUACCCCUAUUUCUUUGUUUUUAAGGGAAUGGGGAAAUGUUACAAAAUCUCUAUCUCCAAAAAUCCUGGGACUAUUGGUAUCUAGCUAUUUUACUCCAGAGGGGCCUCAACUUCUCAGCAAGCAUUCAGGAGAGCAAGACACUGGAUAUAGGACAGGUUUUAUUUAACUCAAACUAAAAAAACAUAUAAUGGGCUCCUACUAGAGCUCUUCAUUUGGCUACCUACUAUCUCUCUCAUUGUUGGCAAGUUAGUACUCUCUCUGGGCCUCUCUAAAAUGAAGGGUAUGGAUUAGGUGACCUCUGAAGCUUUUAUAUCUCCAAAUCUACAAUUUUAGGACCCGAAGGGUAUGCUAAAUCUUAUCUUAUCACCCCUGAGAUAAUCCCUAGAGUUGGAGCAGCUUGGAAAUUGAGAAUUUGAGUUAAGGCCAGAACAAAGACUUUGUUCUCUGACUGUUCACAAAGAGAAUUCAUCCCCUGGCCGGGGACACUGGGAGGAGACUGGGAUGGCCAGUCCUGUUUAUUGUCAUGCAGUCCGGAGGCAUUCCAGUGGGAUGGAUGCCUUCCCUCCUAGGAUCUGGAGGCAGCUGCUCUUCUCCUUGAAUAUGCUCCCUGCUAGGUCUUUUCUGGUUAGGUUGAGAAGGCUGUUCCUAGGUCUUACUGUAUAUCUCCUAAUAAUAACUAGCUAGUAUUUAUAUAGUGCCUACCAUGUGCCAGGCACAGUGCUAAGCACUUUAUAAAUAUUACAUCCUAAUCACGAGUUUAUUUUAUUUUUUCUUCUGCUUCUAAGCUUGUAGUUGUAAAAUAAGUUUUACCGCCAUGCAAGUAGCAUUGUUAUCCCGGAGGCUUCCCAGUGCAAGCCCUUCAGACUUUCCCUGUUUUCAGAGAGAACAGAGGAUUUAAAGCUGGACAGGCUCACAGCAGUCACCUUGUCAAAGCUCCUCAUUUUUACCAAGAAGAAGUUUGAAGUGACUUGCCCAAGGUCACAUAAAUAAGCUGAUGCUGGGAUGAGAAUCCAAGUCUUUUGGCUUCAGAUAUGGUGCUCUUUCCAUUAGACAAUGUUUGCUUCUUGUUCUUGCUUUUCCCCUGAAUUCUAUACGCUAAAGGUAUUGACUAUAGUUAUCUUGAAAAGUUAAAAAAGUAUACCUGGAAACCUACAUUGGUGCAACAGAGUAUAUGAUGGGUGGGUGGCUCAGUGGAUUGAGAGUCAGGCCCAGAGAUGGGAGGUCACAGGUUCAAAUCUAGCCUCAGGCACUUCCUGGCUGUGUGACCCUGGGCAAGUCACUUGACCCCCAUUGCCUAGCCCUUACCACUCUUCUGCCUUGGAACCAAUACACAGUAUUUAUUCCAAGUUGGGAGGGAAGGGUUAAAAAAAAACAAAAAUGGAGUAUAUGAUGAGAAAUUUUUCAUGCUUGUUAAUGAAUCUACUUACCACAGAAUACUCUUUAAGCUCUAUAUAGAGAAAAACUGUGUGUAUGAAUGUAAUCAUUAUUAAGACUUUAUUCCAUCAACUUCUACAGCAUUUAUUGAACACUUGCCAUAUUUAAGGUUAAAAGUGCUAAGGCAUAAGCCAUGACUCCUGCUCCCAAACAGCAGACAAUCUAAUUGAAAAUGCAGGCCAGGGAUACAUUUUUUUAAAUAGCAUAUUUUAAGUGAUAAUAAUAAUACUAGCUAACAUUUAUAGAGUGCUCUAAGGUUGUAAAGGAAUGACGUGUGUUCUCUUAUUUGAUUCCCACAAUAACUGUGAGGUAGGUGUAUGAUUAUCUCCAUUUUACAGACAAGUGAACAUGGAGAGUAAGUGAUUUGGCCAGGGGUCACACAGCUAGUGUCUGAGGCAAUAUUCUACCCUGGUCUUUCUGACCCCAAGUCUAUCCUUUUCUUGGCUUUGCCAGGCUAUUUCUCACCAGUACCCAAUUACCCUUAAUUAUACUAUUAUUGACAAAUGGUUAGUAUAUACCAAUAAAUAAUCCAAAAGGGGUUCAGAGAUAGAUACUAUAAUUAUGUGGAGGGAUUACUAUGGAUUGGAGCAUCCAAAGAAAGCUUUAUUGAGGCAGCUGGGUUUGAAGAGAGGAUAAGAUGAAAUACACAAGGAUGAGGAGGACAUUUCAGGCAAGAAUGGGUAAAGAUGGAGCAGCUCAGUGACUCUGUGGAUAGUCAGGAGGACCUGGGUUCUAAUUUGACCUCAGACACUCCUAAUUGGGUAAGUCACUUAGCCCCAAAUGCCUAACCCUUACCUCUUGUCUGCUUUAGAAUCCAUUGAUUCUAAAACUGAAGGCAAGAUUUUGUUUUUGUUUUCUUAAAGAAUGAAUAAAGAUGGGGAGGUAGGAAUAUAAAUGGCAAAUUUAGUAAGCAAUUAGGAGACAAAUUUUGUUGGAGCAGAGGGUUUAUGUAGGGAAGUAUCAGGAAAUAAGAUGGGAGAGAUUAAGUAAGGACUAGAUUAGAGAGGGAUUUGAAUGCUAGACUCAGGUUUAGAUUUUAUCUUGUGAGUGAUAAGAGUGCCACUGAGGAUUUUUCAAAUGAUAGAAUUAGAGUUUAGUUUGUUUCUUAGAAAUUAGUAUGCUUCUUAGAAAUAAUCUAGUACAUUAACAGUCAUAUGAAAAAAUGCUCUGUCAAUAAUAAAAAACACAAAACAAUUUUGAAGUUUUACCUCCUACUCAGAAAAUUAGGAAACAUGUCAAAAGAUGGAUAUUAACAGUGUUGAAGGAGGCUUGUGGAAUGACAGGUAUACUAAUGCAUAGUUGGUGGACCUAUGAAUUAGUACAACCAUUAGGAAUUUUUGCAAAUAGAAUGACUAAAAUGUCAUAUGCUUUGGCAGAUUAUAUACCAAGAGAACUCGGAACAAAGUAGGUGCUCAUAAAUUGGGGAAUGGCUAAGCAAAUUAUGGCAAGUGAAAAUAAUGGAAUAUUACUAUGCUAUAAGAAAAGAUGAACAUGAUGAGUAUAGAGAAACAUGGAAAGAUCUAUAUGAACUGUUGUAGAGUGAAGUAGGCGGUGUCAUAAAACAAUAUACACAAUGAUUACAAUCAUGUAAAUGGAAAGAAGCAACAACACCAAAAAAAAAUUGAUAAAUGAAAAUUGUGAAAUUAUAUAGAAUGUUUGGCCCCUAAAAAGAGAUAUAAGAAGUCACCUUUACAUGAACCUUUCCAGAAAUAUGAGUAUCCAUGGGUAUAGAACAAUGAAUAUAAAUCAUUUUUAUUGUUUUGUUCUUAUUAUUGUAUUAGUUAGUUUUUUGAAAUGUUUUCCUCUAGUUCUCUUUUUCUUAUAAAAUUAUUUGUGAUAAUGAUGACUUUCAGAGAGGGGGAGAGGGAAGGAUAUAAGGGGUAGGAUCAAGGCAAUGUAAAGCAAAAGAUAUUAAUAAAAAUCUAUUUAAGAAAAA